UCUUUGCUAGACCUUUUCCCCUCCAUUGAGGGCUCCGUCCUCCUUGAGAUCGCGCGACAUGAGUUCCGGCCGGGCGACCUCUAUAAGCUCGACCUGCGCCACAAAGACCGUGCCACCCGGCAGGUCCUUGACGUGAGCAGUGGCGUCGUUUCGGUGCGCGAUCAAGCGCCCCGGGACUACCCUACUUUCCAUUCGCUCUACCUUCCCCUCAUUACAUUUUUUAACGUGCUCGGAGGGUUCGCGAGCAUGGGCGGCGAUGCUUUUAGUCAGGAUUACCAGUGGUCGGCCGUUCUGGCCUAUCACUUCGACUUCCACUACAAGCGUCGCCGGGAGAUGCUUCGCGGCGACUAUUCCGGCUGGGCGACCAUCGAUACAAGCCUCCAAGCGGAGCACCUCAUUGGCCGGGAACGGGCGCGCCCCUUGGGCACCCCGAAGGGAUCCGCCGGUGGCUCC